GGUGUGAACUGUGUGGCUCAAGCAUUAUAGUGGAGUGAGCUAAAGGCAACCCAAGGCGACCUUUGGGAUAUGAUGAGUGCUACCGCUGCCACCGUCCAGGACACUGGGCCCGAGAUUGUCCUGAUGACCGGUCCUUCGGACCACGGAGGUCAAGUAGAAGCAGUCGAUACAGGUCACCAUCACCAAGGAGGAGAAGGGGGAGCUACCGAUCCAGAUCUAGAUCCCGAUCUCGAAGAAGUCGGAGUCGAGACAGGAGGAAGAGGAGUCGAAGUCGCAGCCGAAGCCGUGACAGACGCAGUAAACGUAGUCGCCGGAGCAGCAGAAGCAGAAGUCGUAGCAGGGACAAGAAGAGGAGAGCAUCACGGAGUCGUUCUCGAAGCAGGUGAGGAAUCUUCCUUUCUGUGUGUUCAUCACAAGGACUCUGUAUCAUACUGGGGCAGUGGG